AGUAAACGUCCUACCGGUAGUUCUGUGAAAACAACCAAACACUUAAUCAAGCAAAUCAUCAAAACAGUCUUGAAGACAUGGGUGAAAGAUUCCAGAACCUCGACAAAAACUUCGUUUGCUCCUUUUUCAAUUGCAAAGCAUCUUUCUCGAAGUCAUGGAAGUUGGAGGCCCAUCUGUGCAAACAUACUGGACUGAGGCCAUUUGCGUGUGCGAGCUGUGACAAGAGCUUUUGCACCCGUUACCAACUCACCAGGCACCACCUGACCCACAGCGGAGAAAAGCCCUACCGGUGUUCAGUGGAAGGAUGUCCUCAAACUUUUGCCUCCAAUGGCAACAUGAAAAACCAUGUUGCCCGCGUUCACAUGCAGAAAGAGAACCAAUAUGUGUGUGAAAUUGAUGGAUGUGGCAAAGAAUUCCGUAAGAGAAACCAUCUGAAGACCCACACGUGUGAGCACACAAACAUCUUAACUUUUGAGUGCAAUUUCCAAGGAUGCAAAAAGAAGUUUACAGGCAUUAAGCCACUGCAGAAACAUGGCAAGGUUCAUGAUGGUUACCCUUGUGCUGAGAGCGGCUGCUCCUUCAAGGGCAACACCUGGUCUGAGUACCAGAAGCACCGGAAGCAGCAGCACAGACCUGUUCUGCGCUGUGACAGCUGUAAGAAGGUGUAUCGUGAGACCUGGUUCCUGGAGAUGCACCAACACAGGGUCCACCUGGGAGAGCGGCGAGUGUUCAGUUGCACCAAGCAGGGGUGCCAGAAGAGCUACACCACGGAGUUCAGCCUGAAGAGCCACGUUCUCUCCAUCCACGAGGGCAAAACGCCUUUCAAAUGCCCCCAUGCAGGCUGCAGUAAGGCCUUCGCCAUGAAGGAAAGUCUGAAGCGUCAUGGAGUGGUUCAUGACCCAGAGAAGAAGAAAAUGAAGAAGAAGGGCGCUCCUAAAGCAAACAAGGCAGCUACUGCUGCGGUCCCUGAUGCUUCCAAACUCGCUGCCCGUCUCCAGAGCUUGAAACUUGGCAAGGCCAAAGCUAAACCUACAGAUAAGGCCAAGCCCGAAGCUGCAGACAAGGCCAAAGCUAAGCCUACAGACAAGCCCAACAAGCCCAAACCCAGGAAGUGUUGAGGGAUGGGAUGUCUCUCAGAGACCUGACCUUCAGCCACACUUUCCUUUUUUGGUUUUAGUUUCAAUCCCUCUUUCUGUUCAGCUUCUCACUUCUCACAAACUCACUAAUAAAUCAUUCACUGCAGCA